AUGGACAAAGUAAGGAAGGGGAUCUCGAGUUCUCCUAAGCCAUUGAUGGUAACAAACUCUAAAAACUAUGAAGUAAAAGAUGUUUGGCCACCACCAAGGGCCAGAUGCAUCCAAAGUAGCAAAAGAGAGUGGAUGUACCUAAAAGAAAAGUCGACUAAACUCAAAAAUCAACGAGAAAAGCAAACUCUGAUGAUGGGAACAAUGACUAUUGGAACGAAACCUCUCAAGGUUAAGGUGGACCCAGGAAAACCAGCAUCUUUGACAUGGCAGCGAAAAUUAAACACCAAGGAAAAUGUACUCCCAUCAUUCACUGUAACUUUGAAGGAGACAAUAUCCCUGAUUCCACUAGGGUAUCGGCUAUGGCGUCAUAUGCGAGAAGAAGCUGCUAGAGGCGGGGGUGCAUUCUUAAAUCCUUUCACAAGGGCCCCUCUCACAUCAUGUCAAGGUGUUCCUCUAGGUGCUAUUGGUAUGCUCAUAGACCUUUCAUAUUUUUUCCUUGUUCUUGAGAGAACACCAUUUCCAGUGCAGGAAGCAUCGGAAGAAGUUACAAAGGCGAAUUUUUGCGUUGGCAACUAUUCCCUAGAAUAUGUGAAGAUAAACCAGUUUUAG